AUGGCGGCAUCGGGAGGCGGAUUAUCAUCUCCCGUUACCGUCGCGGGCUUGAGCACCCAAGCACCGGCCCGGGCUCGUUUCCCGGGCCGGCCGUGCACGGCUCGCAGCAGGCUGCGGUCGGAGAAACGUACCAGACGCGGAAGGUUGGGCUCGGACAACGGGGAGCUGGCUGCCGGAGGGCCGAGGCCCGUAAACAUCGGGCUCGCUUUGAGCGAGGACCCGUCCCUGCUGCGCUUGCUGGGGGUGGCGGAGAAGCACAGGCGGCAGAGAGAUGCGGGGUUCGACUCCAGCAACAGUGAGGAGGAGGAAGAUUUCACUGGAUUUGGGACCACAACAGUUCGUCCACAGAAAACUUCUGGCACCGUUCCUCGGUCUUCAUCACUCAGCCAAGCAAAGUCUCCCCAAGCUUCAGACCAUUCUCCGGGAACAAAGCUUCUAAUUGGAAAAAUUAUACCCAAGAGCCCGAAACAAGCUCUAAUUGGGAAAAUUGUACCAAGGGUUCCUAAAGAAGGACAGGGUGUAAAAGAGACCCCAGUAGAAGACAAAGAAACACCCAAGGUGGUAAUUAAACUGCACGGCAAGCAAGUACCUCUCACUGCAAAGGCCAAAUGUGCAGACGAGCAGACCUCAGGUAGACAGAGCAGUACAAGAUCAGCUGAUUUUAUCGGGAAAUCAGGAGAAACAGCUGACUCAGGCAGCAUGCAAAACCAAACAGCCGCAACCUCAGCUGGUGACACCAAGCAAGAUAAGCUGGUGAGCGCUCUGGCAGCAGUGAAAGGCGCAGAAAAAGCUUCCAAGGUCAAAGAACGAGGCGAGGUGUCAGAGGACUCAGACACAGACCAAUCCCAGCCACUGAGCUCUGUGAAACGAUUGAGGGGAUUUCGACUCGGGACCACCAAGCGCACAUCUCAAGCAGUUGCUCUGUCAUUUACAUCCUUUCACAAACGGCAGAGGAAGAGAAUGACUAAGGGUAUGGGUGCCUCUCCUGAAGCUGGAGCUGAGGCUGGUGCUCAGAGCGGAGAGGAGGCAGCAAUGCCCCUUGAGUGUAAAGCUGCAGAUUCCUCUGAGAAACGAACACACAGAAGACAUCAACGCAAGUCUUUGUAUGGGUACAGGCGUAAGCCACCAACAGCCAUUAGACGUCCAAAACUUGGUCGUAACCGCACUAGGCGUGUUUAUUAUACAUAUGUACCAGAGCCCAUUCCAGCCACACUGACACAGGACGGGAACGAGCAGCAACUGCAAGUUCAGAAUAUCACUCCAUCAGAAGGUGAAACCAGCUCCUUUUCAGAACAAUUCCAACAAGGCUCCAACAACUCCUCCACCCCUGUAAUGAGUGCACGGUCCUCCCGCAUUAUUAAAGCUCCAAAGAGGUUCUUGGACGAGGAAAUGAUUCCCUUUCCAAAGGGCUCUCUGUCAACGUGGCUGAAGAGUCAACAGCGAGAGGAUGGAAAACCAAGUACAUCACUUCAUGAGUCAGGUUAUGAUGGCAACUCCUUACAGUCAGACAGUGACACUUUAUCUGUUUUCGACAGCCCAUCUACUGUGACAAAGUUCUCAUCGAAGCCCAGUCCAGGCACGAGCCACCUAGAAAUCUACAAGAACCUCAAAAAACUGACCUUGAAACUGGCGGAGAAAAAGAAAGGCCAGUCCGACACUCAGGGGGAUUAUACACAUCAUGGUGACGGCUUGCACCCUCAUGUCAGGAAGAGGCGGAGGUCAAAGCUCAUGAUGGAAGAGAUUGACAUGGACUCUCCUGGUGUUGUGAGGAAACUAGCUGUGGUAGUGAAUGCUGAUGUGGAAGCGCCCUCUCAUAUGCCAUUUGAAGAUAUUGGCAACAAUAGUCAAGCAGGAAGUAUGACAGCGGACAGUCAGGAGGCUUUAGAAGUCAGUGGACCCAGCCAUCGAAUUGGUCUCAGUGGAGCCAAUAAGAGGAUGCUCCACCUGCUGAAGAAAGCCAAAGUCCAGCUCAUCAAGAUUGAUCAGCAGAAGCAGCUCAAGUUGUCACAGUUGGGAACCAGAGAAUCACAAGUGCCAGUGAGUGGAAGGAGGAGGAGGAGGAGGAGACUUGGCAUAUCUCCCAAAGAUACUAGUCCUCAGGAGCAGCCGCUGGGUGGUCCGAGGAUCAAACAUGUCUGUCGGGCAGCAGCAGUCGCUUUGGGGCAGCCCCGUGCCAUGGUCCCAGAUGAUAUUCCCAGACUCAGCGCCCUGCCACUGCAUGAGAGAGAGGGCAUCGCCUUCUCUCCCACAGCAGAAGAUGUGGCAGAUGAUGACGAUGACAUCUCUGAUCAGGGCAGGGCUCAGUGGGUUGUCUCUCAGGAAAACAUCCAGCGGAGGAGGAGGGGGAGGGGGAAGGGCCACAAGUUCAGAAAGAGGAAGAUAUUGAGUCAUUAUUCAUCCGGGGGAGUCCGUGCCCGGCGCUGUGGACGCUGCAAAGGCUGUUUGAUAGAGGAGGACUGCGCAAAGUGUGUCAACUGCCUCGAUAAGCCCAAAUUUGGAGGGCCCAACACCAAGCGGCAAUGUUGCAUAUAUAAAAAGUGUGAGCGGAUUGAGAAAGCGAAGAUUGAGCGCAUUGUCAGACCAUUGAAAGUCCAUGCGAGGCGGUUGUCAGGCUCCAUGUCAAGCAGUGACGAUGUGAACUGGGGGUUUGGAGGAGCAGGCGAGGGAUCGUUCUCAAUGGAGCUUGGAGUCAGGAAACAGUCCCUGCGUAACAUCACACCACGCUCCUACAGUAGCCUGCUUAAAUCUGAAUCUGAAGAGGAGGAGGGAGAGGAAGAAGAGGAUAAGGAUGAUAAAUCAACCAAGCCAAAUGUAGCUACUGCUAGCAAUCAAGUUCUUGCUCCUCAAGAUGGCGGAUCAGUGCCUAAUGACCCUCCAGUUGAGGCGGUGAGGCAUCGUCGGCCGUUCUCCAGAGGAGCUGGGAGCAGACCCAGAGCUCACAAGGAACAGGAGAACACGGAAGAGACGGAGCCCAGAGAAACUUUCCCUGAACCCAGCCCAUCCAGAAGCCAAAUGCCGAAGCUGCAGCAGCAGCUACAAAUACGCUUACACCGUCUCCCUGAUUUUAUCCUGCGGUCUGCUCUGUCUUUGAAGCAGCAGUUGCCCCAGUGUCUGGAUCAGUGUACUGCACAGUUGCAUCCAAAAUUGUCCCAGCCUGUAACACAGACCGCUAUUUCACAUUCAUCACACACUACAACACAGUCUCGUCCAGAAUUGUCCCAGCCUGUAACACAGACAACUAUUUCACAUUCAUCAGACUCUACUACACAAUCUCCUCCAGAAUUGUCCAAGCCUGUAACGCAUCCUGCUUCUCCACUUUCACCACAUCCCAAAACAGACUCUGUAAAAAAAUCUCUGCUCUUACGUUUGCACCGUUUGCCCCAAUCUGUGGUGCAGUCGGCCUUGCAUUUGCACAAGUGUGUACCGUUGUCAUCUCAACAGCAUCCCCAGUCCGUACUGCACUCAGCUCUGACAGAGGUUUCAUCAAAGUUGUGUUUUCAGGGACAUCCAGAGUCUGAGGUGCAGCACCCAGAUGUUUUGACUGAGACAUACAGAGCUAACAAAAAUAAAACUGUGCGAGUGCCCCCUCAGACUGUUGAGCCAGACACAGAAUUACAGGAGGGCAAACAAGAAGAGCAGGAGGACGAACGAGUGGAUCAGCCUGAAGAGGAGGAGGAGGAGGACGCUUCUGUAAAAGAGACAGUGCAGAAAAACUGUCCAACAACUGACCCACACUAUGUCCUUCGUUCCCAGAAUCCUGCAGAGUGUGCAUCAGUGAACACCCUGACGGGUUUAACUAAUGGAUUUCCCCAAAAGGGCCUGUUGCCGAACAAGUACAAGAUCCGCGUGGACUUCAAGGAGGACUGUGCUGUCCAGAAUGUAUGGCUAAUGGGCGGACUCAGCGUCCUCACAUCUGUCCCUACCACACCACAACCUGUCUGUCUACUCUGUGCCAGUAAAGGACGACAUGAGAUGAUAUUCUGCCAGAUCUGCUGUGAGCCUUUCCACAGUUUCUGCCUCUCGCCAGAGGAACGCCCCCAGGAGGAGAACAAGGAGAACUGGUGCUGCAGGCGCUGCAAAUUCUGUCAUGUGUGUGGGCGUAGAAGCAAGAGCACAAAGCCUGUGUUGCAGUGCAGGCGGUGCCAAACCUCCUACCAUCCUUCCUGCUUGGGACCAACAUACCCUAAACCAAUGAACUGCAGCAUGCCCUGGGUGUGCAUGACAUGCAUUCGGUGUAAAAGCUGUGGUGUGACUCCUGGAAAGACCUGGGACUUGGCCUGGAAUCACGAGCAGGAUCUCUGUCCUGACUGCACUUCUCUCCACAACAAAGGUAAUUUCUGCACUGUCUGCCAGAAGUGCUAUGACGACAGCAACCAACAUGCACAGAUGAUUCAGUGUUCAGAAUGCAGCCAGUGGAUUCAUUACAAAUGUGAAGGACUUUCAGAGGAGCUGUUUUGGUUGCUGUCAAGCCAACCCGAAGAAGUGGUUUUCACCUGUUCACCCUGCAGCCAGCAUCGAGAUGAACAAAGCAGCUUGAAGGUGGAGCUGCAGAGCAGGCUGAUAGCCGGGCUGGAGGAGGUGCUCACUGACCUCCUCUCCGAUGACACCAUGAAGCACCUCCUUAUCUGUGAAGCGGAAACAAACGACUCAAGGUUUGUCAGGGAACAACUACCAGUCUGCGAUCUGCAAGUCAUUGAGAAGAAGUUCAAAGGGGGCGGUUACAACUCAAUAAAAGCUUUCCAUGCGGAUUUCAUGUCUGUGAUGAGGAAGUGGCUGAAGGAGGAGGAGCUUCUCCCUGAGGAUCAGAGGCCGACCAGUCAGGCCAGGGCACACUAUGUCAAAGUGGUGGAGCGGGUUUUCACUUGGUUUCCUGCACACAUUCUAAAAAAGUGGAAUGCGUUCUCUGAAGAAUUCCCAAGUGGCAUGCUCCCUGAGGCAGUCCUCCCACCAUCUAAGGAGCACAGCUAUGCACAGUGGCUAGAGAGGACAUACCAGCUUAAGGAGUCCAGGGGCCCACAGGCAGGGAAAACAGACUCUCUGCUAUCCUCACUCAAUACACAGCAGACUGGUGCAUCGCACAGCCUCCCUCUGCAUUCACAUGGUGUAAAAGGUGACCUCGAAACUACCAAGGGUGAAGAUAUGAGACAGUGUGCACUAUGCCAACAAUAUGAAGACUCUGCUCCCAGUGAGGCAGGACGGCUGUUGUACUUGGGACAGAAUGAAUGGGCCCACAUUAACUGCUGCCUUUGGUCUGCAGAGGUGUAUGAGGAAAAUAGUGCUCUUUUGCAAGUGCACAGCGCUGUCUCAAGAGGACGCCACCUGCGUUGUGAUCGUUGUGGGCAGUCCGGAGCCACUGUGGGCUGCUGUCUUGCCACCUGCCAGAGUAAUUUCCAUUUCAUGUGUGCUCGCGCCCAGAACUGCGUGUUUCAGCAGGACAGGAAGAUGUACUGCUACAAACACAGGGAUCUUGUCAGUGCAAAGAUGGUUUCUGGGAAAGGGUUUGAAGUCCCUCGACGGGUGUAUGUGGACUUCGAGGGGAUCAAUUUCAGGAGAAAGUUCCUCACGGGUCUUGAGCCAGAAUCCAUAAACAUGACCAUAGGCUCUCUGCAGAUUCAGAAACUUGGUGUGUUGUCAGAGCUGUCGUCUAAUGGGAGGAUGCUGUAUCCUGUCGGCUAUCAAUGUUCUCGGUUGUACUGGAGCACCGUGGACCCCCGGAGGCGCUGCAAGUACACCUGUAAGGUGACAGAAGUGAGUACACCGCUCCCUGGAGAGGAACAAGAUCCAAGAUGGGACCAAGAAGAGAAUCACACCAUAGUCCACAGUCCCAAACACCACAGAGAUAUGGAAUCUCCGGAUCGUUUAAGCUCCUCAUCCAGCCCAAUGAAGUCCACUACCCCUUCACCCAACUCUAAACAGCACUAUAUACCUGGAUCCAAAAGUCCAGGUUACACACAGAACAGAAGACCAGCGGGAGGAUCAUCUCGACCACUCCCAUCUCCAGGAUCGGCUCCCCCCAAAUCACAUCACAUCCUGACAUUGAGGGACCUGGAGGACACCCGUCGGACUCGCAGGCUCUCAUCGAGAAGCCGCUGCAGUUCCUCUCCAACAGACAGCGACCCGUCUGUACCGAUGACCCUCCGCUCUGGUGGCACCGUCCACUCCAGAUGUGCCCUGUUCAGCUCCCCGCCAAGAUCAUCAAGCUUUGGACCAGCCUCGCCUCCUCUGUCGCGACAAAAUUCAACAUCUCCAGUCUGGAGCUCCCCACCUAGGUCCAACUCAAGCAUUUCUGCAGGGCUGUCCCCUCGGCAAGGAGCCAUCACUCAAUCCCCCAGAGGGAGACAAAACUUCAAAAUCACCACUCCAGUCUCUGCUGAGGUUCCCCAAGACUUCCUAGCAUCGUCUGAGGCAGAAGACGCAGCCGUGGCCACAACCAAUGGGAUCUCACUAGCCCCUGAUAACUUGGAAGAGGAAGUUGCCCACCUGAUGUCCCAGGAGCUGCCUUACACUGUGUUUGACACUGACACAGAAGUAGCAGUGGCCUCUAUGCUGAAUGCGAAGCUUGAGUUUGAUGAGUCUCUGCUCACUGAGAACGUGGUACUUCACUGCGGAGCACAGGGUGGGAGAGGAGAGGUGGAAGGUGUAGUGCAAGAUGUGGAAAUGCAGGAACAUAAUCAGGAGAAUGACUCUGAAGAAGAAGACUCAAGCCAUUACUUUAAGUUUUCACGUACAGUGGUGUGUGACACAGCUAGUGGCUCGGACGCCCCUGGACAGCUCCCUUCAGCACAGUCGAUCUCACAAUUAGAUGGGGCGGACAGUGGGUCAGAGAGUGAUGAAAGCGAAGUGAGCAACGAAGAAGCUCAGGGACCUAAAAUUCACACCAAUCAUAAUACACCCACUAAACAGCUGACGGUUGCUCUAAAGAGGCUGGAGUCAAUCUACACUGUGUCAAAGUCAACAGUCCAGCAAAGAACAACUGAGCCAGAGUUUCAAGAAAAUUCUCCACCAUCUCCUCUUCUUGAAUCAGGAUGUGCACAUGAUGACAUGUCAGUUCAGGAGGAAGAGGUCCAGAUGAGCUCUGAAACACCAACAUCUCAAAAUACUGUGUUUUUAGAUUCAUCUACAGGCCAUUUUGUUUCUGCUGAGGAUGGCUCUGUAGUGUACCCAAAUAGCAAUGUAGAUGAUGAUAAAGAUGACAGUUCUUCAUCAGCUGACUCUGUUGAAGGAUUUAAAGAUGAUUUAAAUGACCCAGACUACUCACCGGAGCCUAAAACCAAAAAAUCUCCCAUAACUCAGAUGAAAACCAUCAUUGUAAAGACAAAACGUCCCACAUCAAACCUCAAACGCUUGUCACCAAAACCGUGUCUUCAGCAGCAGCAUAAACUUAAGUUGUUGUUGCCCCCUCUAUCCUCACAAACUGCAAAUAAUGCAUCUGUUUCCGCUGCUGCUUCCACUUUUUACACAGUCCCACGCACAGUCACAUCCCCCAUCGUGAUCAAUGGCUUAAACGCUUUACCUAUUCAAACUGGCGCUAAACAGGGCAGAACCAUUGCCAUCCGCUUGGACAACUCCAGGCCAGGAAGUCAGCAGCAGGCGGUGACUCCGAAUCAGGCUGCGGCCACUAACCUGCCCCCAGGCCCGGGCCCAGCCCCCGCCCCUCAAGUCCUGCUGGUCAACCGUCAAGGUCAGAUUCUCAUCAAAGACCCAAGAUCAAACACUUACCAGUCGCUCAAUUCAAAUUCUCCUGCUUACAGUAAAAUAAGCCAGAUAGCCAAGAUUCUCCACAGUGGUAACGCAUUGCAGCGCUCUGUCCCUCGUGUCAUAAUAAAGCCUCGCUCCACCCCUUCUGCCACAAACACCCCUCUUGCCAGUAACCACACAACAACAUCCGAGAGAAAAAUCAUUGUCAGAGUGGUGCCUGUGAAAAGCAGCGGUGCUCCCACUUCCACAGCUCCAGUUAGUGUGCAGAGUGUACCUGAACAUAGUUUCUCCAACAUUGAAGAAAGCACGGCUCAGGCUAUUAUUGACAGAGCCAUGGCUACCCACCGCGAUGCGCAAAGGACAAAACCCAACAUCCUCAGUAACACUCGACAGCCAAAGGCCAGACAUGGAAGGUCAUCCCAGUUUCAGGAUGCAGAGGACUCGGAUCACACACCAGUUGCGCGAUCAGAGUCGCCCAGUGGUUUAAUCAGUGAACCAAAUUUGAACUUGCAACCAACGCCUGCCUCAUCACGCCACCAGGUGAGGGUUAAGAGGGUGUCAUCUGUGUCUGAAAAGCCCUCCAGGAAGAAAUCAAAGAUGGACUUCUUGAUGGAUCCCUCAAGUGAGCUGGAUGAAGUUAAUGAAGCCAGCAGAACGAGUGGUGUGAGAAUGAAAGCCCCAACAAUGAAGGACAUUCUUGAUCUAGACCAGGAGAAUAUGUCUGAUGAGCCUGAGCCAUUGAGAAUUACUGCUCCAGCACCGCCUAUACACUCCAGGCGUUCUCAGGUUGAGAGUCUUCCUACAUCCGCACAAAUGAACAGUCACAUUCAGAGUCAAACACACAUGUGGGUCAGCGCUCGCCACGGAGACCUCUCUGAAUGGGGCCCUUAUUCAGGUUUCAGCUCAGACGAAGAUGCACCUGCACCUAAACACAGAAAGAGGACUUACAUGAACCAGCCACACCUGCGCUUUGAAAUCACCAGUGACGAUGGCUUUAGUGUUAAAGCUAACAGCAUAGAGGUUGCCUGGCGGGCAGUGAUUGACGGCGUCCUUGAAGCUCGAGCAGGCUUCCACCUGAAACAGCUGCCUCUGGGCGGGAUGAGAGGGCCGCGGGUGCUUGGUGUGGUCCACGAUGCUGUCAUCUUCCUGCUGGAGCAACUGCAGGGGGCCGCAAACUGCAAACACCACCGUUUCCGCUUCCACCGCUGUGACGACAUCGAAGAAGAGCUUCCCCUCAACCCGAGUGGCUGCGCCCGAACUGAAAUCUACACACGGAAAGCAACUUUUGAUAUGUUCAACUUCCUGGCAUCACAGCACAGAGAGCCCCCUGACAUAAUAGGCCCAUUUGAUGAAGAGGAGGAUGAAUUCCCAUUGAAAUCUUCCAGGCGAGCCACCAGCAGUGAGCUUCCCAUGGCAAUGAGAUUCAGGCACCUGGAGAAAAUCUCCAAAGAAGCAGUAGGAGUUUACAGAUCUCAAAUUCAUGGGCGUGGACUUUUCUGCAAGAGGAACAUCGAGGCUGGGGAGAUGGUGAUAGAGUACGCUGGCACCGUCAUUCGCUCUGUCCUGACUGAUAAGCGAGAGAAAUAUUAUGACAGCAAGGGCAUCGGCUGCUACAUGUUCCGCAUCGACGACUUUGACGUGGUGGACGCGACGAUGCAAGGCAACGCGGCUCGCUUUAUCAACCACUCGUGUGAGCCAAACUGCUACUCUCGUGUCAUCAAUGUGGACGGCCGCAAGCACAUCGUCAUCUUCGCCCUGAGGAAGAUCUACCGGGGCGAAGAGCUCACCUACGACUACAAGUUCCCCAUCGAGGACGAGGACAACAAGCUGCACUGCAACUGCGGGGCGAGGCGCUGUCGUCGCUUCCUGAAUUAGUGCAGCAUCACACACACCAUCUAAUAAUAGCCAUCUUGUUUAAUGCGCUUGAAUUAAGGAGGUGGACAUUGAUAAACUGAUGAAGGCAACUGUUGUGACAUAAACAUAAGAGUGAGGUUGCUGAUGCACACAGACCUGAUCUACUGAAUCUUCACUUCAUUGGAAGCUUAAUUUAUAGACUGGGUGAGGGCAGAAUGCAUUUGUUGAUUGUCUGGCCUCUGAACUGCUGUUAACAGUCACAGAAAAACCAGAUUAGAGCCAUAUGUCAAAGCUUGGGAUGAAGACUAUUUAUAUGGUUUAAGACUGCUGGACUGUUUUGUUUCUUUUUUCCUUUUUUUUUUUUUUUUUUUUUUUUUUGAUUCAUGUACUGUUUGAUCAUCUCAUACACAACACUCUUUCAGUCUUACAUUGUUGAAUUUGUCGUCAGUAGCCUCUGCUGGAACUGGGGCCAGACAACAGCCGGGAGGCAAUUACUACCAGCUACAAACGGUGCAAACUAAAAUAACCCGAUUGCUGUUAUUACUCCGUAAAGAGGGAUCCAUUAUUAUGCUGGUGACAGGGUGUCUUUGUAAAUACAAGGUCUCAGAGAAGGAUGAGAAGAUUUUAUUUCAUUCAGCACCUUACUUUGACAAGACCCUCUGGCAGCACUGUCAUCACAGCAGACUGGACAAAUUUUAUUUCAGAACAAAAGACAUUUGACCUAAAGCACCUUGUGUACAUUGUAGUGCAGCUACAUUUUAACAUCACUAUGGAUACCACAGGGACUCUAAUAUUUGAGGUGCUGGUGACAUUUACCCUAAAAGGUAGUUUUAAUAUAGUCACCCAAACCUUUUCCCUCAGUCAGUCAGUUGAAAUGUCUUGUUUUUAUUUGUAACAGCAGAGAUGCUGUGAUCUAAAUGCUUUUAUCCCACUAUAACAGUCUGUUCUUCAUUUGUUAAUUUGUACUGUUUGUGUAUUUCUAAGGUCUAUGAGGGAGUUUCCGCGGUGCAGGGUUCAAAAUGAAUACAGUGAUCUUGCUCUGCUCGGUCCCUUAUAAAUCUUUUUGUAUUUUUGUAUAUUUGAACAAUAAAUGUAUAUUCAACAAGCUGAUGGAAAUAAAUGUGUUUGAGCUUUUAACUCUCUGUUUGUAAGUGAAGGCUGACUAAUAGACCGGAAGCUAUUGCAGAGUAAUGAUCCGAAGUUAAUCUUUUCUUUCUUUUUUUUUUGCCGCUGUUUUGCACCCACUUCCUCCUGUUUUUGUCUCACAGGUGUGCUACCUCAGAGGUGUUAUGAAGCAAGAUUUAACUUAAUUACACAACACAUUUGGUGGAAAAAACUUCUUCCUUAUUGUUCAGUCUUUCUUAUCAUUACAUCCUUAAAGUAUGAAAACAACCAACAUCAAUACUUUUAAACAUUGACUUACUAUUAUGCUUGCAAUGAUUUUGUGAAAAAAGGUGGCCACCGUUUUUUGUGCCCACUUCCUACUGUGUGCAACCCCACCCAGCUAAUGGAUGUAGAUAGGAUCUUCAGGCUGAAGGCUGAGUGCAGUGGAUAUAUGUUUUGUUUUUUAGGAUUAAUAAUUGAGUUUGACAUGCAAAGCUUUGUUACUUUAUCAGCUCACGAUGGAUCCUCGCCUGUAUAUAGUUGUAUAAAGAAUUUCUA